UGCAUAGCGUAGCAGCCAAGAGAGGCGAGGCCUUCUCCUCAUGGCAGGAAAACAAAAGAUCCAAACGCCGUCUAAGAAGGAGGCGCCGGUCGACCACAAAGGCUUCGAUGCUGAUGAGAUUAAGAGGCUAGGGAAGAGGUUUAAGAAACUCGACCUAGAUAACUCGGGCUCUCUCAGCGUCGAGGAAUUCAUGUCUCUGCCGGAGCUGCAACAGAACCCGCUGGUGCAGAGGGUUAUCGACAUAUUCGACACGGACGGGAACGGAGAGGUGGACUUUAAAGAGUUUAUUGAAGGAGUCUCACAGUUCAGCGUCAAGGGAGACAAAGAGCAGAAACUGCGAUUCGCCUUCAGGAUUUACGACAUGGACAAGGACGGCUACAUCUCCAACGGCGAGCUCUUCCAGGUGCUGAAGAUGAUGGUGGGCAACAACUUGAAGGACACGCAGCUGCAGCAGAUCGUGGACAAGACCAUCAUAAACGCAGACAAGGACGGAGACGGCAGGAUAUCCUUUGAAGAGUUCUGUGCAGUGGUCGGCGGCCUCGAUAUACACAAAAAGAUGGUGGUGGACGUGUGAGCGCCCUCCGCUCGCCGGAUCCCCCUCCUCGCCCUCAACACUCGCUUUCUCCACCAUCUCCGAAGAUCUGCUCAAGACGUCUGGCAAAAAAAAAAAAAAAAAAAAACGCUCUGUGUGUAACUCAAUGGAAGUAUUCUCUCUCUUUAUGUCUAUCUCUCUGUGAAGCCGCUUUUUUUUUCUGAUUUGUUUCAAAAAAAACAAAAACAAACAAAAAAAAAAACAACCCACGGGCCUCGCGAAGCCAACUUUGAAGUGUUAUUGAACUGUAAAUCGGCAAUAACCCGGUCGUAGCACUUUAAGAGACUGAAGGACAUCCAUUUGGUCGUUUUUGCAAGAGCAUCUCUGGUUGUGGAAGGGAGGGGAGGGGUUAGAGGAGGGCCGCUGGGAAGAGGCUGGUUGGCUUGUUCAUAUUUCAUCCUUUUUUUUUUUUUGUUAAUUGUCAUUUUUGAUAUUUAUUUUUGUUGUCUUUUAUAAAGAAAAAAAAAUACAACUAUAUAUCUGCAUUUUUUUUUUUUUUUCGAGAGGAAGUGUGUGGUGUAUUUACACAUGCAGCAGUACAGCUAGAAAGUAGGGUAUGAAGUGCCAACCAGAACAUAUCCAGAACCAGUUCAAGUUAUUUACCAUCACCACCGCAUCCAUUGACACGUGUGGGGGGGGGGACCCCGGAGGGCGACGCUUCCAACUGCACGAGGCUUCGUAAAUACAAAACAAAAGUUCAAGCCCGUUUUAUUUUCUCCCGCCGUCCGUCCCCCUCCCCCACCCCACGCUCCCGCGCGCAGUUCGAACCCACUAGUGUAGCUUCCGAUCACUCUUAGCAACACUCCUCGUCUAUGCGUUUUUGUUUUCUUCUUCUUAUCGGAUAGCUAGUUUUAUUUAUACGCAAGAAUGUGUUUAUAUUGUUGGACAUCCCUUCCCUCUACCCCCACCCCCCCCAUUUCCUGUCAUGAAAUUCUAGCUAGGUUAAAUUAAUGCCAAGAAAAUGUCUUUCCAGAUAAAGAAAAGGGACAAAAACGGGGGGAAAAAAUAACAAUCAUGACUGCGAAUCGAUACAUGGUUUACUCGGGGAAGAGGCAUUGUGCAUCCAUAAGACAAUCUCCAACGCAGCAGGCUAAUGAGCGGCAGCGGAAUCGUGGCUCGGUUGCUUUUUUUUUUGCUGUGAUGCUAGCAGGCCGUGCAAAGAGCUGAGAGAGAGAGCCAGUGUGAGAUGACUGGCUGUUUGCUGCGAGGGUAAAGCAACUUCAGAGACUGACCUGCAGGCGGCGCUUUGUUGUUUUUUGUUUUUUAAACCGAUAUGUGUAUAUAAGGUAAUCAACGUGUCCUCGUCUUAUGGAACAGCAGCAGGAGGAGGGGGGAGCGUUUAGCCUCUGAAAUGUCUCAGUGCAGCACAGGACGGGUCAGUUUGCUUCAACGCAAAAAUCACUUCAUGUGAACAGCGUGAUCAGCGUGCAGCGGCGCCAAGACUAGUUUUUAGGGUUUUCUCUCUUAUCUGGACCGUGUACAUUUCAAAAGUUGGCUUCCACCCCCACUUUUUUUUCGUUUUUAUUUUUAUUUUUUCUCUCUCUCACAACCAUGUUGCCCACCCCCACUCCCCCCCACCCCACUUCUCCAAACCUGCCGAUUCUAGCAGGGAGGAAGAACCCUUAAAUUGAGCAUUUUAAUCUCCAUGGGGGGAAAAAACCUGCUUCCUACUUGUUAACAGCAUUGGGAUGGAUGUCCGUCUGGCUCUGGAGGCCAGCUGCUGGUUUUAACAGGAAUCUUCAGUCAGAUCUGGAGUGCUCCGCCGUUCCCCAUCCCUGAGCUCUGCACGGCUUGGGCCUCCCUGUGCUUGCAUGACAUGGAAGUAUAUUAUUUUCUUUUUUUUCGUUGUGCAUGUAGAUCAAUUUUUUUGAAAUAAAACUCUUGUUUACACAUGGAUGGUGAUGUUAAUAUAUUUAAGAAUUUUACGGUAUACAAUAUGGAUGUUGCCAAACUUUGGUAAAUGUACACAUAUUAUGAGCGGUAAUCCAAAUGAACUGAACUACAUGUAACUUUUUUUGUAUUUUACCCGGGUCAGCGAGAUGCUUCGAUUCCAGUAAAAGUUGCAUAUCUGAUCCUGUCUCAAACUGCCACACACUGUACUCAGCUUAAAGGGGAAAUUUGAUUUUUUUCUUUCUUUUUUUUUUUUUCUUCUUUUGUAUAUAAGUAUUUGUUAAAUGCAGUUCUGGCUCUCUGUUCUCUGUAUAGUUCAGACCGCGCUUUAGUUUGUAAGUGCUACUUUUUCUCUGAGGGAAUUGGGUUCUUUUUAGUUUGCUUGGGAAUAUCUGAAAAGAUUUACGUUUGAGAACCUUUUUUCUGCAUGCUGCAUAUUAUGCUGUGGGACUGUUGGAAACUUGAUACUGUAUGAAAAUGAAAUAAAAUUUAAAUAAACUUUGAAAUGUUGAAAGUAA